CUCGCUCACUUACGGAUGAAUUCUGUUGGCCGAACCGCUCACAGGAUGCCGCGGAAGUUCGCGCUUGAUGCGUUUUGCUUGCGCCAGUUCGACGACCCAAACUAUAAAGGGACGCAGCUGCAUCAUGACAAGAUGGCGUUUGAGGCCAAGAUCAACGAACUCUUCGACAACAACGACGUGGCCCUCGUCGAUGGCUACGCUCCCUUUUGCAAGCACUUGUUUGUUCCCAACUUUGUUGGCGCGCGUUUGAGUUCUGCGACGAUUACUCCUGACAAUGCGCACUUGUUGCAAAGCGACUACAUCUCGCGCGUGCCUACCGAGCUGCCCGUGCUGACGCGAUGGUUUCCGCUGUCGCAAGUUACUCCUGGAAUUGCGACAUACCUCGACGUGAUUCUGUACAGCCGUGAGCAAAUUGAGGCCGAGCACCGCGCCACCGGCCAUACCCCCGACACAGUCAACGCUGACGUUCCGUGGGGCAUCAUUUCGGUGAAAGCGCAGAACGUGCCACACGAACUCCCCAUGAACCCUAUCACGAUGAUGCGGAAUGCACUCGGCAAGGAUGAAGGCGGGUCCGGCGUCCCGCUCAAGCGUGAAGCGUACUUGGAAGCCGUGGCGUACUGGUCCAAGAAUGCGGUGAUCCAGUGAUGCAGAUCCCCCCGUGUGGUUGCGGUGUGCGGUGCCGCGCCUUGUGGGGCGGCUCAUCUUGUUCACGCGACAUUGCAUCGCGAUGACAGUUAUAUUUUUGGCCAAUCAAACGCAUCUUCAUGGAAAUA